GGCGUUCAGGGGUCAGGAAAUGGGUGUGCCGCGGCGAAGGCGCUGGGCCGGCGAGCCGCGGAAGCCGGGAGGGCGGCGAUGGUAGGGCACGCGACCAGCGGAGGCGCGGCCCGCAGCGGCACGUGUGUCCCGGCGCCGCAUUUCCAAGCUGCUGCACCCCGGGAGCCUGGCUGCGGCCACAGCGAAGGCUGUCGGGCCGUGCAGCUGAGCGGCCGAGCCUCCGAUGGCCCCUCCUCCCGCCUGGCCGAGCUCUGGCCUGGGCCGGCUGGGGGCUUCGUGGUUGGCCACGCCGGCCUUUUCCUCGCCUGUGACCGGCGUGAUUGCAGGGGGUUUUCGGUGGACGUUAGGCGACGGAGGGGGGCUCCUGUAAGAGACUGAGGUUUCUGUCCGCGGCACUGCCUUCGCUGAAAAGAGCUUGCAUCUGAGCCCCCGCACCGCAGGAGCGAGCCAGGCUCCUGAGAAUGAGGAAUCCAUCCCCACUGGGAGUAAGAAAUGACCAAGGUCCGGGAACCAGUUACAUUCAAGAAUGCCUCUGUGGCCUUCACGGAGGAGAAGUGAGGCCGCCUGGACUCUGCUCCCAGGAAGCUGUGCAGAGCUGUAAUGCUGGGAACUACAGGAACUUGGUCUUGGUGGACGAAGUCUCACUCUGUCACCCAGGCUAGAGUGCAGUGGCACAAUCUCGGCUCACUGUAAGCUCCACCUCCCAGGUUCAAGCGAUUCUCCUGACUCAGCAUCCUGAGUAGCUGGGACUACAGGUGCCCGCUAUCACGUCCUGCUAUUUUUUGUAUAUUUACAAGAGACGGUUUCACCAUAUUGACCAGGCUGAUCUCAAACUCCUGACCUCAGGAGACUUGAAUGAAAAUUCUGUGGAGAAUCUUCAGCAGAAAGCACUUCAGGAUCUGUUACAUGAGCUUUCCUCCUGGCUAAUUUUGGAAGGCAUGGCCAGUACAAUUACCGGAAGUCAGGAUUGUAUCGUGAAUCAUCAAGGGGAAGUGGAUGGGGAGCCUGAACUAGACCUUUCCCUUUGUCAACAGUGGGGAGAAGCAUCUUCUCGUAUUUCCAGAAACAGGGACAGUGUGAUGACUCUUCAAAGUGAUUAUUUCAAAAACAGUGAAAGUGAAACAUAUUUGCCUUUGAAAGUCCCAAGCCAAAUAGACACACAAUACUCUUCAGUGAAGUUCUGUAAGAAGGAGCCUCAGAAUCAUCAGGAAAGCAAACAUCUCUUUGUAACGGAAGAAAGCACUGAGAGAAAAGUGAUAAAGGGAGAAAGUUUUUCAGAGAACCUUCAAGUUAAAAUGGUGUCUGAUGGAAAAGAACUGGCCUCGCCAUUGUUAAAUGGUGAGGCAACUUGCCAGAAUGGCCAGUUAAAAGAAUCUUUGGAUCCCAUUAACUGUAACAGCAGAGACAUUUAUGGAUGGAAAUCACAGGUGAUCAGUUGUAGUCAGCAGAGAGCUCAUACAGAGGAGAAACCCUGUGACCAUAAUAACUGUGGGAAAAUACUUAACACCAGCCCAGAUGGUCAUCCAUAUGAGAAAAUCCACACUGCAGAGAAACAAUAUGAAUGUGGUCAGUGUGGUAAGAACUUCAGUCAAAGCUCAGAACUACUACUUCAUCAGAGAGACCACACAGAAGAAAAACCCUACAAAUGUGAACAGUGUGGGAAGGGCUUCACAAGGAGCUCGAGUCUGCUUAUCCAUCAGGCAGUCCACACAGAUGAGAAGCCUUAUAAGUGUGACAAGUGUGGGAAGGGCUUCACCAGGAGCUCAAGUCUGCUCAUCCAUCAUGCUGUCCAUACAGGCGAGAAACCUUAUAAAUGUGACAAGUGUGGGAAGGGCUUUAGUCAGAGCUCCAAACUACAUAUCCACCAGCGAGUCCACACUGGAGAAAAGCCCUAUGAGUGUGGGGAGUGCGGUAUGAGCUUCAGUCAGCGCUCAAACCUGCACAUCCACCAGCGAGUACACACAGGAGAGAGGCCCUACAAGUGUGGCGAGUGUGGGAAGGGCUUCAGUCAGAGCUCGAACCUGCACAUUCACCGGUGCAUCCACACGGGAGAGAAGCCUUACCAAUGCUAUGAGUGUGGGAAGGGUUUCAGCCAGAGCUCGGAUCUUCGCAUCCAUCUCAGAGUCCACACUGGGGAGAAGCCCUAUCAUUGUGGCAAGUGUGGGAAGGGAUUUAGCCAGAGUUCCAAACUCCUCAUCCACCAGAGAGUACAUACUGGAGAGAAGCCCUAUGAGUGCAGCAAGUGUGGGAAGGGCUUCAGCCAGAGCUCCAACCUUCACAUCCACCAGCGGGUUCAUAAGAAAGAUCCUCGCUAAGUGACAUUUGCCCGUUCAGGUCUUCACAGCGCUCAUACUGUAAAAACUGUUAAAUAUUUAGUAUCACUCUUACCUUUAUAUUCUACAAAGGAGAGAGAUGUAAGGGUUAUUUAGAUGUGUUUCCUCACUGAAAAAAAUUCAUUCAUUCAAAGUAUUUAAGUAUCAAGCACUUUUUUAUGCUGUACAAUGAAUGGAUUGUACUUAUUUUCAGAUGGGUAGAGUAAAAGUGUCUGUACUUUACAGUUCAACUACAUAUUCUACCCAGCAUUUCAAUGGCAAGAACUUUAUAUUUAUUCUCAAGCAGGGCAUGUUUUCCUUUGUUCACAUUCUCUGAGAAAUUGAAACUCUGGUUUCUCUUCAAAUUA